AUGUUCUCGUUUACGGGAAAUGCCGAUCACGCAGCGAGACGCCGUAUCUUUUCCUCCAAUUACCUCAAGUCGAAUGUCUCAACCUCCUAUGUUCAGCAGAUUAUCCAGUCUCGGAUUCAGAAACUGGUAGGCUUUAUUGAAUCUGCAGUAGAGGAAGACUCCAAGAAGACUCAGCCUAUUGUUGUGCGCAAUAUCUACCGGGCCAUGCAGUCGGAUAUCUCAACUCGGUUCGCCUUUUCGAAUUUCUAUGGCACAGACUGGCUGGACAAACUGAAUGGACGGGUAAACGAAAGCAAACACACCGGGAUGCAUGUCAUGGACUUUUUCCAUCAAGAACUGAGAGAAGCCACUUUCUUUUGGGAAAGCGAACCCCCGUUUCUGUAUCUGAACCAAAUGCUUGUCCCCAAUGGCCCACCAGAGCAGCAGAAUGCACAAUCGUGGGCAGCUGGGCUGUUUCGCCGAUUUGAAACUAUCCUAGAUGAGAGUUCUGACCGAGAUGGGCUCGUUCGUCAAGGGGUAUAUGGGAAGUUGUACGCAUGGCGGAACUCAGAGGGAGAACCAUUGUCAUUUGAGGACCGGGCCAGUGAGAUGCUGGAUCACAUUGGCGCUGGUCAUGACACUAUGUCUGCCUCUCUGGAAUAUCUAACGCGACAGAUCAGUUUAUCGCCUGAUGUUCAAACCAAGCUUCGUGAGGAGCUUUGCGUUCAAAAUGGAGGCAAAUUCGAGACAUAUGCUGAACUUGACAAAUUCCCGUAUCUGCACGCUGUUGUCAUGGAAGGUUUGCGCCUUGUUUACACAAUCAACUUCUACCAACCCCGCGUGGUACCAAAAGGCGGUUGCACUAUAGAGAAUAUAUACCUUCCGGAAGGGACUGUUGUCGGAUCGCAAGCAUAUCUCGUUCAUCGACAGGAUGAUAUCUUCCCUGAUCCCGACGAAUUCAAGCCAGAAAGAUGGCUGGUUGAUGAAGAGCGGGCUCGAGUUUUGUUACGGAACUUCUGGACCUUUGGAAGUGGACAGCGAGGUUGCAUUGGAAGAGAUCUGGCAAUCUCAGGUUCGAAUUAA